CGUCGUGGCGAAAAGGUUUAUUUACAUCCAAAUAAACGUUUGAAAGGGCACAGGGCCUGUGUUGCAGGUUCCUAAUUCUGCACCUGUACCUAGAGGCAACAGUUCUUACCAAUCAACUGAAAAACUUAUUAGCAUUCGUACUGAAACUUAUCAUUCUUUGUGCAGGCGGUCGGUCAAACGGUCAAUUAAAGCACAGUGCAUCAGCUACAGAAGAACAAACGAAACUCUUGGCUUAGGGCUGUGAUUUCAGCUAGUAAAAAAGUGAAGAUACAUUCCAUAUUAAAGUGAGACAAAAUGGUGUUAUCAAACUACACGGACGUAUCGGCAAUGAGGCAGGAGAUACUGGACAAUAAUUUACGUACGAAAGCAAUCAUUAUGGACAUUACAAACUUUCGUGGCACGUUGCGCGAGCUGGAAACAUUGAAUGAGGCCGGCAGGGAUAAGCUGGCAGCGCUGCGGAAAUGUAUCGACCGAAUGGAUGUGUUGGCACGGGACGAAACGGACAACAAGCUUGCCGAGGAGGUGGAAAAGAACCGUGAACAUUAUGCAAAAACGCUACAAGCCUUCCGGAAAGCAAAUAUAGCAACCAUGCUUGAGAUCGAAAAGUCCAACAAGGAGGAACUGUUUGCGCUGCGGCCGGAAGCGAGUGAAAUGCGCCAGCGGAAGCUAACGAACGCUUCGACGGGUUCGAAAACGUACCGCAGCUCGGCGUUGCUGCUGCAGCAGGAAAGUGUGACCGAUCGUAUGAUUUCCAUCUCGAAGCAGCUGCACGAUACGACACAGAAGUCUGCAGCCACGCUCGAUAUGCUGGUAACGACCAGUGCCACGGUCGAAAGUACGCGCGAUGAACUGCUCAACACGGCCGGUAAGAUACAUCAGUCGAGCAAACUGCUGCAGAAGUACAGCCGGCGGGACUGUACCGAUAAAAUAUUAGCCAUGUUUGGGUUGAUUUUGUUUUUGACUAGUGUUUUCUAUGUGCUUUGGAAGCGUUUAUUCUAGAGCGGAUUUAACGUUUUUUUGCGGAGGAGGAAAGUUAGAAAAGGUAGGCCUCUCAAGCACGCGAUUCUUGUGAGUCAAAGACAGAAGUAAAGCAGACUUUAGCUGGAGAAUAUGGUAUAAGUUAUGGUGAUGACGUUAAAAAUAUAAUUAUUUCAUUACUUAUUUAACUGUUCUUGAACUGCGUUUGUGUGCGAUUAGAACAAGUAAAAUGGGUUUUUAUGCUGUGAAUUACUUUAUUACGUUCAUUCGUUCACUGUUGCUACUAAUGCUCAUCAUCUAACUAUGGUCGAUCCUUUUUCCAGGUCCUUAACCGUACCUUACUUUUAAAUGAAUAAUAAUUGAGAGAAACCAAAGCAAAACGAAGAACAAAACCAACGCAGCUCACCAACGAUCUUGUUGAGAACUGAUUAUUUAACUAUUUAGGUCUGUUUAAGGGAAGAAAGAUUAAAAAACAAAGCAUGUUUGAUCCUUCCUUGUAUUGGUGAUUUAAAUGCCACGUAAUGCGAGGAAGAUUUCACAUCAAAUUGUCAAAUUGAGCAGUAGUAGCAAAAGUGUUUUGUAAUAAUAUGUUCCUUUUACUAAAACACAUCCAAGCGUAGUUCGAUAAUCGUUUAAUAAAACAACCGCAGCGAGAAAAAGAUAAGUAUUUCCAUCAAAAGUUGCGAGCCUUUUCUUUCAUUAACGAGAGCCUAGCGCCAUCUUGUGUUCGGAACACAAACUGUCAACGAAGGAAAGUCUGAUACAAAGAAAUUUGUCUGGGGUGUUGGUACGAUUGUAAAUAGAUAAGUAAAUAAACGAUUGUAGAUAGAAUCUUACGUAAAUUAUAAUAACAAAAUAAUAGUAGUAAAUUACAUAAAAGAACGUUUGUAUUAUUCUGUGUUUGUUUUCAAGUUUUCGACUCUGAUUUAUUUUCGGUUAUGGGUAAAAUUUUUAUAUGUUUUACAUACAUAUACAUACAUGGAUAAUUGAUGUUGAUUGUGUCUGUGUAGGUGUAUGUAUGUGUUUCUAUUGUUUUUUCUUCCCGUUCACGGUCGCUUGCGCUUUGUUUUCAUGUUCGCCAUUUUGACAUUGCGUUGAUCAUAUCAAUCACUUCUACACAGUUCGGUUUCUCACAUCUUUGCCCCUAAGUUUUUGGGGAAGUUUUGAUCCAUUUUCUUGCAUAAAUUGUAACUCAUUUCUCUCGCACAACAUUUCUUUGCAAUUGUUUAGUUAUUCCUGUUUUAUUUGUGUCUGUGUGUUAGUGUGUGUAUGGGUUUUUGUUUUGUUUUGUUUUCUAAUUCUCUUGCGUCCAUUUCAAAGUUUAAUUCGCUAGGUGUUUGUUCUGUUUUUUUCUCUUUUGUUAUUUUUUUGUUCAUUCUUCCUUUUCCUUUUAUUUCCUGCCGUCCUUUCGGUGUAGGCGUACAACGAACAGGGAUUUUGUCUUCCCGGUUUUUGUUUUUAGUGCUACUUAAGUUAUUGUAUGUAUAAUAAACGAAACUUUGUUUGUUUCGAUUUGUUUUUUUCCAGUAAAACAUGGCGCC